GUGCAGACCCCGCACAACUAGCUGGACCUUCCGGCGAUCACGUCGUAUACACUGACAUACGAACAUUCCGUCAAGUAAAGUAGCGCUAGGGUGUACGACGGGUCGCCUGUCCUGCCUACACUGUCGGAGGGUCCGUGCGAGCCCAAGGCGAACACGCUCGCGCGCUACGACCAUGCAGACAGCAGUUCUCGGAGCUACACACCCGCGAAGGUCGAAAGUCCUCAUCAUGCGGCCCCUCAUGAUCCGUACUGGAGUUUCUCUAUAUCGCGAUCACAGCAGUCGCGGCCGCGCGGCCGUAUCACCCUGCCGCCACGCCUUCGCGGCUGCGAUGUUAUACAUCGUGUCAUGUACCUGCCACACGCAUGUACCUCUUGGCCCACAGUUGUUCGCCCAAGCCUCUCCUGGUUGCGAAGACGCAGCUGGCGAUGCUGACGCCAUACCUGCACAUGGCCCGAUAUCCUCGCCCUGCGGACGUUAAGGAGACCAAGCAGCACGCACGCGACGCCGUGUUCCAGAGCUCGACGUAUCGCAAGACCUCGAGGUGUCCGCUCGCGACCAAACCAGGCCAGGAGACACAUCCCCGCCAGACGUAGCUGCUAGACUCACGCCGUCGCGCAUGCCUCCGUCGGCUGAGCGUUAGGCAGCGUGCACGGCCGCGCACUCUCGACUCUCUCAGCGAGACUUACAGGCACGCGCGUCGCCGCAGAAGUCUAGCACCUUGGAGGCCGUUGGCGAGCGGAUCGGGACCACAGUGGAGGACAGCAGAGCGCGCGGCGCGCACUCCUCUAGAACGACUCCUCCGAGUCGGCGCUGGGUCAUAUGAAGACGACGUACGGGAACGCCGAUCGCGGGCGAGAUGGUCUCGCCGCACGCCGGGGGCGCGCAGCAGGGUACUUCGUCUUUAAUGGGAGUCUAGGAUCAGGACUGGCAUUCAGCGUAUUUGGAAACAUACCGCCCCCGAGCGAGCUGUACGCACUCUACUAGGGCGAGUCAGAGUGUUACGGCAGCGUCAUGGCCACGAUAGUUCUCGGACCUCUGACGCGUCAAGAUCGUCGAGUGUCGGACGACGACGCGCAAUCUCGCGCGCGGUGACUUUGUAUCUCCUCAGUACUAGCUACACGGCCCCUCUUGAUCCCAUGUACGUUCGCCCGCGCGGGGUCUCCCGGCCUCGUACCAUAGUGUUCUCCGCGGGACACGUACCCGUGUAACUUACACGUAGACUGCGGGCGCUCGCUCACAGUGCAGGGAUCCUCAUACUACGCAUCUUGAUUCACCUUCA